CCAAUCAGCGGGCGGGGCUCAGGGCGGGUGGCAGCGGGGGAUUGUUUGCGUCUCUGCUUCACCUCCACGGUUUUCUCUGGCAGCGCCGCAAAUUAUCUCGGAAACUUCAACAAAAUGAGGAGGAAGGGCAGACCCAAAAAGCAGAAAUCCGGGAAAAGCACGGGGCGGCGUCCAGGGCGGCCCAGGAAGCGCAACAAUCCCUAUGAGGAGGAAGCCCCACGGCCGAGUGUAUCCAAGAAGACGCAGCGCGAGCGUGAUCCAGAUGAGCCACUGGUGCCCAAGAAGGAGAAGGGGUUGGUGUCCACGACGGUGCUGGUGGUGGAUGAUGGCAUGUCAGAGGGCGUGCACAUGACCACCAGUCAGGUCCACGCUCUGGGGGCUCUGGUGUCCUGCCGGGAGUGUGGCGAGGCGGUGAGGAUCGGCGUGCGGCCCACCACCAAGGGCAUGAUCUCGGAGUUCACGGUGGCCUGCAACGUGUGUGAGGACACCAAGUCCACCAACACCCCCAACCUGGUGCGGGAACGCAAGCGUAAGAGAGAGAAGAAGGACGCAGUGCUGCAGAAGACGGAGAACAUCAACUACGCCCAUGUGGCUGCUUUCCUGGACAAUGGGCUUGGGUACAGUGGCCUGAGGCACUACUGCAAGUACUUCAAUGCCCGCUGCCUCAAUGAGGCCACCUUCAUUGUGUAUGCGCGGCAGGUGAUCAGUGAUGUGGUGGCUGACACAGAGGACAGCCUGCAGUACAGUGCCAGCAUCGUCCGGGAGGUGUUCAAGAGCCAGCUGGAGACAGACGGCCUGGUGGACCUCACUGUGGCCUUCACCACCACCUACCACCAGUGGGGCAGUGACUUCUGCCUGGUGGCUGGUGCUGUCAUUGAGCUCACCACUGGCCUGGUGCUGGACUACGACGUGGCCAACAUGUACUGCCACGUGUGCAAGAUCAAUGCCAAGAAGAUCGUGUCCAUGUCCCCAGCUGAGAUGACGGAGUGGUUCAACAAGCACCAGGACACGUGCGAGAUCCGGGAGUGGUGCGACGAGCUGGACCACGACGCUGAGGAGGGCGUGCGGGAGAUCGAGCCGAAGUACCUGGAGUGCUUCAUUGCCAAGAAGAUCUGGGCGCGCUCCAUUGAAAAGUUUGGUUUCCGAUACACUACCCUGAUCCACGAAAGUGAUGAGAAGAUCCACGAGGAGCUGUCGCGUGCCGGGGUGUAUGGUGAUGUGCCCAUCCUGAUCGACAGCGCCACCUCCUGCUUCAGCCGCCGGAAGAGUGAGCAUGCCAGGACCUCCUUCCAGACCAAGCUGAAGGCCAAGUGUCCCCGGGAGAGGGUUCAGACCAAAGACCGCAUCAUGUAUGUGUACUCCAUGUCCAUCCCUGAGUACAACAAGUUUGCCAUCUCCUCCAACAUCAAGCUGCGCCAGCUGGUGAAAGAGAUGGAGGGAGGGGGAGUGGAGGAGGCGGCUGCCAUCAUGGAAGGCGAGGAGGGUGAGGAGCAGAUGCCCAACACUCUGCAGCUACAUGAAGUGAAGGCUAUCAAGAGGCUGGUGGCCAAUGGAGAGGAGGAGGAGGAGGAGGAGGAAGAAGAGGAAGAGGAGAGAGCUGAGAGAGAGAUACUGCUGGAGGAGGAGGAAUUAAAUAAAGAGGAGCGGGAAGUGGAUGACCCUGAGGAGCUGGAAGAAGAGGAAGGAAUGGAGCAAGGGGAGGAUGAGGAGGAACUUCUGGAAGAGGAAGAGGCGCUGGCAGCACAGAAUGCAGAGGAAGAGGAACGAAGGAAGCUGGCGGCUGAAUGGGGGGAAGAGGACGAGGAGGAGGAGGAGGAGGAGGAGGAAGAGGAGACAAAUGUACAGCAAAUUGAGGAAAUCCAUUUGCCACUUUCCAUCAAAGAGGAAAACAAAGCACAAGUCAAUGAGGAAGUUUUAGGAUUAGCACACCAUUUGGAAGAAGAGGAAGAGGAGCAAGAGCAAGUAGAAGACGAGGAAGGCGAUGAAGAAGAGGAAGAGGAGGAGCUGGAACAAUUACGAUUGGAUGACGAAGACCAACCAAUGGAAGAAAAUGAGGAAGAGGAGAAGGAGCUGGAGUUAGAGGAGGAGGUGGAAACUAUGCAAGAGGAAGAGGAGGAGGAGGAGGAGGCAGCAGAAACAACACCACCACCACCACCACCACCAGUACAGCCCACCUCCAAGCAGACAGAGAAGGCAGAGGAGAACAAGAUGAAGACACAGGAAAAAAGUAAGGUGACUCCGCCAAACCAAAAAAGCCAAUCAGGCGAAAUACGGCUAAUUAGAAAGGAAGAGCCGAAGAAGAUCCCACAAGAGGAAGUCAACAGAAAGAGAAAACAAGAGGACAAAGAGGAGGAGCAGGAUGUUGUGGUGAAGAGAAGCAAGCAGGAAGACAGUAAGCAGAGCAGUAAAGAGGGAGAGACUAAGAAGGAUAGUGAAAGAGGACAAAGGGAGAAGGAAGAAAAGCAACAAAAGGAAGACAAGGCAAAAGUAAAUGAUAAGCCAAAGGAGAAGGAAGAUAAGCCAAAAUCAGAUGGCCAGCAAACAUUAAGAAAGGAAGAAAAACAAACCACAGACACCAAAAUAAGUGAAAAGAAGGAAGACAAACAAAAAACUGACAGCAAACAGACUGAGAACAAGGAAAGCAGACUGGCAACUAACACCAAGCUAAGUGACAAGAGAGAAGAGAGACAGAAACUGGACAACAAACCAAGCGAGAAGAAGGAAGAGAAGAGGACUGCAGAAAAGAAAACGACAGACACAAAGGCACAGGAGAAGGAACGAGGCGCCACAAAGCAGAGGGAAGAGGACGGUAAACCAAGGACGGAGGAGAGGCCAAGGUUCGACAGCUCCCAGCAUUCCCUGGAGAGGAACUUCAUCACAGCAGUGCGAGCAAUGUCCGAGUUCCUGCUCAAGCCCUCAGACCUGGAGAACCUGCGCAAGACCAAACGCAGGUCCCCCUUCGAGAACGAGCCGCCCAUCACUGUCUACUGGCGCAAGGAUGUGGAGGCAAAGGCAGUGGAGGUUUGGGGAAGUGAGGAAGCCUUGGAGGAAGAAAGGAAGAAAAGAGAGAAGGAGAUAAAAAGAUACCAACAGAAUAUCUUCAACAUUAAGCGCCUUCUUCGGGAGCACCGCCGGGACCAGAGGACGUCCCCAGAGCCCCCCACCAUCCCCACUACCCUCGACACCUCCGGGAAAGUGGUGUGGGCAGCUGUGGUCAUCAAUGGCGCCAACAUGGUGAUGAAGCUUGGUGCCUGGGCCUUCACUGGGUCACACAGCCUGUUCGCCGAGGCACUCCACUCCCUGGCAGAUGUCACCAAUCAACUCAUCCUGGCAUAUGGCAUUCACAAGUCCAAACAGAGUGCAGACGUGGUGCAUCCCUACGGCUACACCACCAUGCGCUAUGUGUCCUCCCUCAUCUCCGGCGCUAUGAUCUUCUGUGUGGGGUCAGGACUCUCCAUCCAGCAUGGGAUUGCAGGUCUACUGGAGCCCUCUGAGGUGCUCCCACUGUACUGGGCCUUCUACAUUCUGGGGGGGUCGCUGAUCACGGAGGGAGGCACGCUGCUGAUGGCGGUGCAUGCCAUACGCAAGGGGGCGCAGCACCAGCAGAUGAGCUUCAUGGAGUAUGUGUUGCGAGGCCAGGACCCCAGCGUGAAUGUGGUGCUGCUAGAGGACAUGGCAGCGGUGAUGGGGGUGAUGGUGGCACUGAGCUGCAUGGGCCUCACCUCUUGCUUGGGCUCUCACAUCCCAGACGCUCUUGGGUCAUGUCUCAUCGGAGGUAUCCUGGCGGCUGUGUCUGGCUUCAUCAUCUACACAAAUUCUGCAGCACUGGUUGGAAAGUCUAUCCCACAGCACCGCCUGGAGAAGAUCAACGAGGAGCUGGAGCAGGACGUGUUGAUCCGCGCCAUCUACGACGUGAAGGGCAUCGACAUGGGGACGGGCCUGGUACGCUACAAGGCUGAGGUGGACUUUGAUGGGAGGGAGCUGACCAAAUUCUAUCUUGAUCAGCAGGACCUGGAGGCUAUACUGAAGGAGAUGCAGGGGCUGAAGACAAUAGAGGAUGUGGAGGCCUUCAUGCUCAAACACGGAGAGAACAUUGUGGACAGCCUCGGGGAACAGGUGGACAGGAUUGAGACCAUAUUAAAGAAAAGUCAUCCAGAAAUUCGUCACUGUGAUCUGGAGAUUCUGUAGAGUGUGUGUGUGUGUGUGUGUGUGUGUGUGUGUGUGUGUGUGUGUGUGUGUGUGUGUGUGUGUGUGUGUGUGUGUGUGUGUGUGUGUGUGUGUGUGUGUGUGUGUGUGUGUGUGUGUGUGUGUGUGUUUGGGCUUCACUAUGCUAGGAGAGCAGAAUGUGAUACUGUGCUAAGGCCCUGGAGAGAGAGAGAGAGAGAGAGAGAGAGAGAGAGAGAGAGAGAGAGAGAGAGAGAGAGAGAGAGAGAGAGAGAGAGAGAGAGAGAGAGAGAGAGAGAGAGAGAGAGAGAGAGAGAGAUUACAAAUAUAUGAAUAAGAGACUCACAUAAACCCAUGAUGAGAGAAGGAAAGAGACAGACAGACAGACAUUAUAAAUAUACAUAAUUCCUCUCUCUCUCUCUCUCUCUCUCUCUCUCUCUCUCUCUCUCUCUCUCUCUCUCUCUCUCUCUCUCUCUCUCUCUCUCUCUCUCUCUCUCUCUCUCUCCAGGGCCUCACACGAAAUACAUGUGAUAGAUCUCUGCCUAUUUAUUCAAACUCACUCUGUCGUACUUCUUCAUACGGUGUGUAGCAAAAAUCUCACCUUUAGUUAGAUAUAUACAGGGUGUGGCAUAAAGCUCAUAGUGACACAUAUACAGUGCAUGACAAGUUUCUAGUGCUCUUUUUAUCAUUUAUGGUGUAGAAUCCUUGUUAAGUUUUCAUUAGAAUCAUGAACCCCCCUUUAAAAAUCCCAGUAACUUUCACUACAGCCUGUCAAACCAGUUAGAUUAUGAAAAUGCCCUUAAAAAUCCCAGUAACUUUCACUACACCUCAUAAAU